AUUAAAACACUAAAGCCCAUUCUUCAUUGACGGACAUAACAAUCGAGUGGCGAACAAGUAAUUAACAGUAAAAGGGCUAAAGGAAAUUACAAAUGGGUGCUUCCUUCAUUCUUCAUCCUUCAAAUUCUCUCUAUAAAUUAAGUCAGCGACCGCAACUCGCAUCCAUCAUCAUUUCACGCUUGGGCCGGAAGAGAGACCUCUAAACUAUCCAUUACGCUAUUUCAGCGGCAAGGAGAACUCUUCUCUCGUCUGGAAAAGUGAGGGAAUCUUAGCUUAAACAAGAAAGCGUUUACAUUUAAAGUUAAAUUAUUUUGCAAAAUUGUGCUGAUGGAAGGAAAAUCUGAAACUACUGUUGAAAUAGAGGAAAAGAUUCAAAAAGAGGACAUGCAUGUCAAAGUCGAGGGCAAAGGUGAUGAGCCAAAUGAGGUGGAACUUGAAUUGAAGACCAAAUCAGUAGAGAAGGAAAGGCCAAAGAAGAAAGGGGACAAGGAGGAGAAAGAUAAGAAGAAGAAGAAGAAGAAGGAUGAUGAUGAAGAUGACAAGAAGAAAGAUAAAAAAAAGGACAAGAAGAAGAAGGAGGAGGAGGGAAAAGGUGGCAAGGAUAGUUUAGGUGAAGAGUUGGAUAAUGAAGCUGGAGAGACUAAUAAGAUGGAAGAGAAAGAAGAUAAGCAAGACAAUGGAAAACAAGAAAAGAAAAAGAAGGAAAAACAUGUAAAUGAGGUGAAGGAGAAAGAUGAAAAAAAGAAGAAAGAGAAGAAGGACAAAGAUAAACACUCAGAGGAAGAAGAAAAAGAGACAAGGGAAGUCAAGGAUAAAAGUUUGAGUAUUAAGGAAGAGGGCGAUAAGAAGCUUGUAGAGGAGAGUAAGGAGAAGGAUGAGGAGAAGAAGAAGGAUGAAAAAGAAAAAGGGAAAGAAAAGAAGGUCAAAGAUGAAGAGAAGAAGGUAGGUGAAGGAUCUGUGGAAGAAACAGAAAAAAAGGACAAGGAAAAAGAAGAAGACAAGGGGGAAGAGAAGAAGAACAAGAAACAGAAGAAGAAUAAAGAGAAGAAACACAAGGAUGGAAAAGAGGAGGAAGAAGAAGAGAAAGGUGAAGAGAAAGAAGAGAAGAAGAAGAAAAAAGAGAAUAAGGAUGUAGAAAAAAAAGAUAAGAAGCACGAGGAUGGAGAAGCUGAGGAUGUAAUAGAUGAAGGUGGAGAGAAGAUGAAGAAGAAAAAGAAAGAAAAGAAAGACAAGGAAGAGAAAAAGGAUAAGGGACACAAGGAUGAAGUUAAUGAGUCAAAGAGCGAUUCCAAAGUUGUCUCAAGGGAGUUUGAAAUAGAAUCAGAAGGGAAAGGAGGGGAGGAGGAGAAAGAUGAGGUGAAGGAAGGUCAAGAGAAGAAGAAAGAUAAAGACAAGAAAGAUAAUGCUGAUAAAAAAAGAAAAAAGGGUGAGAAGGAUAAAAGCAAGGACCUCAGCAAUCUGAAAAAGAAGCUAGAUAAGAUUGAUGGAAAAAUUCAAGCUCUCCUUGAGGAAAAAGCUGACAUUUUGAGGCAGAUAAAACAAGCUGAGAAUGCGAGCUCUGUUGCUACUUGAGAAGGACAGAGACGCGCAAAUUGCUGAUGCAAAAUAGCCCUUUGUGCAAAAUGCUAGACAGUUCAUUUCCUUUCACCUGUUGUAAUAUAUUGUUUCCUUGGAUUGCAGUUUUAAGAGAGUACGAUCACUUUUGCUGCUUUAAUAAAAAGUACGUUCAAAUA